AGAGGAGGUGGGACUGUAUUGACUAACUUUUCUGUUGCAAGUAGCAGGUAUUACUACAUAUGACCUUUACACUCUCGACUGUCCAGUUACUAUUAUAUACUCUAGACCAAAACCAACAAUUAUCUCGUAGGAACGGGAGCGGUAUACUCAAAGCCACACACCGAUCCGAUCUCAUGAAAACGCCACCUGGAAAUUUAAGAAUAAAACGGGCAGACGUCGACCAGCUUGUGGCAUCUCCCUUAGAGCGCUCGUAUGCAUCGAUUGAUCGCUCAAACGACAAAGCGCUCGCUAGACAGCAAGCACCUCAGCUUGAUUCUUUUUUCACGCAGUACAAAGCGUCUUUAAAGCAGUGCAAUUACUUUAUUUGAAAGGAUGAUGCAGUGGACAUUGGUAUAUGGACUCGCAGCACUGUAUACCAUAGAUCCACUUCUGGCUAU